AUGACGACUGCUUCAACCCCAGCCACUCCGGGUCCGUCUACGCCAACAGUCACGCGAGCACCUUUGAUAGAGCAUACUAAAGUCGAUGACAUUUUAAACAUCGAAAGGCCGGCAUCUACACCAUUUCCGCGACAGGAGUCUUUAGAUGGAGAGAUUUUAGAGCGACAAAUCGAGCCGGAACUUCUUGAAUGGAGAGAACCUUCGCCGAUUCAACAACAAGCUCCAGAUUCGGGUUCGCCCUUGUGCGACCUUCCUGUGGAAAUUCACGAAUGCAUUCUCGAUCACUUGUUCGGUUUCAGGGCUGCGGCUUCUGCGAGAAUUAUACCGGGGAAGUCCAAGGUGCUUCGCGGCUGGGGUACAGCAUUAAGACACUCGAGACGUCGUGAAGUCUCCGAGUUGGCUCUCGUCUCUACUCAAUGGAGAAGUCUCAUCCAAGAACGAUUAUAUAGACAUCUCAAGAUCAAGGGAACCAUGGAUUCCGUUCAGCAGUCAUUAGAUUGGUUUUAUGCUCAUUCACAUCUGUGUCGUUAUGUAAAGCACAUCGAAAUAUGGUUUCCGGUGUUUCAACAGAAGAAGUUGCCUUUCGAUCGAGUUAUGCGGAUACCCACAACUAAUCCAGACCGUUCUACCCUAAUUCGCUCACUUGCACAUCUCGGCGCAGAAGCUACGAAUCCUGUCACAUACCAAACCCCAGACAACAACUCCACCCUAUCAGAAAUCUUCCAGUUCGUUCGAAAUACUUUCCCUGAAGUUGUUAUCCUGACUCUGGAAGGUGGUGAAAGAAAGAAACCCCCUCAAGUUCAGCAAUUCCGUCCAAAUGAAACAAAGUUGCCGAAGAUCCGUACUAUCCAAACUCUGGUCUGCAAGGGACAAUGGAAUAUUAUACGUACGAAUGAAGAUUUCCAGAAUAUUGCGACAGCAUUACCAAAUCUCAAUGAAUGGCACGGAUCUUAUGCCAAACCGAAGUCGAAGUCAUAUCUCUGUAUCGCGCAGAUUGCUCCCAGGAUACCGCAGAACAUUACGCACCUUAACCUGUGUCUUGAAAACGACUAUCGCAGAGAAACUGUAUCACCUGCUUUCUUCAGGAAGGUUACCCAGAAGACGCAUUUCUGCGAUGAAUUGGCCAAAUCAAUUCCAACUCUCGAGCACUUGGCAUAUACCGGUAGGAUUUGUCGUGCAUUCUUCGACACGGCGGCCAAAAUUUCAAAUCCACGUACCUCUAAAUUGAAGAGUAUAGACUUUAUUGUCAAGAACUGUUGCCGCCCUAAUCAGCAAUGGAACGACGGAUCUGGUAUAAGUGAUAUGUCAUUUAUCUCGGCCUUUGAAGCAUUGGUAUUGUCUAGUGUACGAUCAUUGAAUAAGCUGGCGGCCCUUGAGUACCUGAGAAUCAGAUUCAUAGACCUUGGUGAGUUUGAGCAACUUUCUUAUUGCCCGGAUGAUAUUAACACUGCUGCAGAGUCACAAAUUCCACCGCUCAACCCAUAUUUUGAACUCAAAAAUAACCAAUGCACAGGGAUAUGGAGCCCCGCAAUCGUCGAUGCAUUGGCGAGCAGUCGGCCAAGUGCAUCAUUUGCGGAGAAAGCAGAAACCCUCGGUGAACUGGCUAUCAACAAGGAUGGACAAUACAUCACGCCUACUACAUUCUCAAAGUUUCGACCACUCUCUAUAAAAGUUUCAAAUUACCUUGCACUUUCGGGUGGUAUCACAAUUACAUAA